AUGUCGUCGAAAGGAAAUGGUAAGGUGACAAAGAGGAAAUUCGCAAAUGGGAAAAUUAAAAAUAUAAAAGUAAACAUGCAGUUAGCCAUUAGAAGUGAUAUUACCAUUGUGAAUGAAGAAACUUGGAAGUAUAUCGAUAAGCCGAAAUUAAAUAAAUCAACAAAAGUAGCACAUGGUGUUACAGAUUUUUCCUUGGAGGAACUGGGCUGCUGCACGAAAACAAAGGCAAAAAUUAUAGGAAAACAAAAUGCAACACCUGUGUUUAAGCCAAAACGGACUGUACCGUUCGCGGCAAUAGACCAGGUAAACAAGGAACUUGAAAGACUAGAAAGCCUAGGAAUAAUCAAGAAGAUGGACCAAUCGGACUGGGCAGCGCCUAAGGUCUACGUUAAAAAGGAAAAUAAGUUAAGAGUUUGUUCAGAUUUUUCAAUGGGGUUGAAUGAUUGCUUAAUCUUACAUAUCUACCUUUUGCCGAGUCCUGAGGAAGUGUUUGCAAAAUUGAAUGGAGGGAAAUUCUUCUCAAAAUUAGACCCCCACGGAGGUAUAUCUACAAAUUCAAGUAGAAGAAAAUGCUCACACUUAUUAACCAUUAAUACACACCAUGGAUUAUUCGAAUUCAAGCGACUUCCCUUCGGUGUAAAAGUGGCUCCUUCCAUAUUUCAGCAAGUAAUGGAUUCAAUGCUGGAUGACUGUGAUUUUGCUAUUGUCUGUUUAGACGAUAUCCGAAUAAAAAGUGAAUUGCACGAACGACGUCUAGAACACGUAAAAAGGGUAUUCGAAAAGAGGAUACGGCUUUAA